GUGGUAAAUCAUUCUGUGAACGUAAAGUUUUAACUAACCAUAAGAAGAUUCAUACUGGAGAGAAACCAUAUCACUGUGAUAUCUGUGGUAAAUCAUUCUCUCAAAGCACUCACUUCACUAAUCACAAGGCUACACAUACAGGAGAAAAACCUUAUCAUUGUGAGAUCUGUGGUAAAUCAUUUUCUCGAAAUAGUCAAUUGGUUACUCACAAUCGCCUUCAUACUGGUGAGAAACCUUAUCAUUGUGAUAUUUGUGGUGAGUCAUUUUCUCAAAGGCAUCAGUUGAAUAGACACACACAUACAGAUACAGUAGAGAAGCCAUAAUCCCGCAUAUUAUCAUCACCUAAAGGAAGACAGUAUAUUUAUAAGGAGCAUUCAUGAAUAAGUCUACCUCUGUAUAUAAAUACAGUCUAUAACAAGGAACAGCGGAAUAUUUUUCUUUCUGUGGAAUGUGGAGGAGGUGAUUGCUUUCCUGGUGAAUUAAAGUUGGAUAAAUUUACAAAGGAGUUGACAAUUUCCAUCUGCUGUUUUAGAUAUCGAGUAAGAUCGUGGAUGGAAGAAAGAUUGCAUUAAAUUAUUCUCUGCAUGAAGUGACACGACGGAACAAAAACAUAUUCAUAGAAAUGAAAAACACAUUAUCGUUGUGAUAUGUAUGAUAAGUAAUUCUCUCAUAAUGAAUAAUUUAAGUAAACCAAAAAUCCCUGAUACAGAUGAGAAGGGAUAUCAUUGUGAUAUCUGUGGUAAAUCAUUCCCUCACAAUAGUAAGUUAACUAGUCACACACAUACACACACAGAACGGCCACAUCAUUGCAAUAUCUGUGGUAAAACAUUCUUUCGGGCCAGUCAAUUAAAAACACACAAACGUAUUCAUACAGGAGAGAAACCAUAUCAUUGUGAUAUUUGCGGUAAAUCAUUCUCUUGUCAUGGUAACUUGACUACUCACUCACGUAUUCAUUCUGGAGAGAAACCAUAUCACUGUGAUAUCUGUGGUAAAUCAUUCCUUCAAAAUAGUCACUUGGCCAAACACAAGCGUGUUCAUACAGGAGAGAAUCCGGAUCACUGUGAGAUGUGGUAAAUCAUGUUUGGAAAGGGGUAAUUUAACUAAACACCAGCGCUUUCAUACAGGGGAGAAGCCUUAUAAUUGCGAUAUUUGUGAUGAAUCCUUUUACACCGCUGGUAACAUGAAACAGCAUAAACGUAUCCCUACAGGAGAAAAACCAUAUCGUUGUGAUAUCUGUGGUGAAUCAUUCUCGCAAACAAGUAUUUUAACGAGACACAAACGUGUUCAUACAGGAGAGAAGCCAUAUCACUGUGAUAUCUGUGGUAAAUCAUUCUCUGAAAAUAACGUUUUAACUAGACAAGCAUAUUCAUACUGGGGAGAAGACCUAUCACUGUGGUAUCUGUGGUAAAUCAUUCUCUC